AUGCAUAGGAGAUUGAUUGCCUUCGAAGGGGGUGCAGAUGAAAGGGUAAGGGCUGUACAGCAGCGAAUGCUAGUUAAACACGGGGUGAUGCUUCGUGAGGCUGAGACAUAUCCACGCAGACUAUGCCUAAGUCUCAUGCUCUCUUCGCUGGAUAUCACUAUCGUUAGCACUGCUCUUAUCACUAUCUCUGACGAUCUACAUGCAUUCGAUCAGAGUAGUUGGAUAGUGAACAGUUAUUUGACUACAUACUUUAGUGCUUUAAUUAUAUGGGCCAAAAUGAGUGAUCUCGUUGGCCGUAAAAUUAUGCUCGUCACCGCCAUCGUGAUAUUUUUGGCGUUUUCAGGUGGCUGCGGGGGUGCUGCAACUAGUACUCAAAUAAUCGCUUUCAGAGCCCUUCAAGGCAUCGGAGGUGCUGGAAUAUUUAGUAUGGUACCGAUAAUUGUGGCAGAGAUGGUCGCCCCAGAGCAAUAUGGGAAAUUCAACGGCAUAGUCUCGCUAGCACUAGCUAUCAGUUUCCUACUUGGUCCAGUACUGGGAGGUGCAAUCCCUCAGAGCACAACGUGGAGAUGGAUAUUUUUGAUCAACUUGCCCAUAGGCGUGGUAGGUCUAAUUCUCGUACUGUUGACGAUGCCUGCAGGUUUUCCGGACAACAGACCAUCUAAAGCUAUCCUAUUCUCGCCAAAGAAGACCAAUUUGCGAGCCGAGAUAGACUUUGUGGGAUUCUUAUUACUUCCAACAGCUUGCGUUUUUCUUAUCGUGGCUUUCGAAGAAGCUGGAGUAGCUUUUGCCUGGGAUUCUGCCCUGGUAAUCACCUUCUUAGUACUUGCUUUCGUCCUCCUUUGUCUGUUCUUCGCAUGGCAAAGAUUUCUCUUUUCGAGACAAUCUACGAGACAGCCCGUAAUUCCAUGGGUGUUCUUGAAAAACAGAGUUCUCAUGGGUAUCUAUAUCACUGCAAAUCCUUGGGACUGGACUAUUGUACUCGAUACCACUGUUGCACUCGGUGGUGUAACCCAGAUGCGUAUCCUUGGAGGGGCUAUCGGUGUUGCAAUUGCAACUAGUCUAUUGAACAACACUGUCAUAUCAACUCUGGCCGAUAUCAUACCUGCUGAGACAGUCAGCCACCUUCUACAAAACCUUUCUUCAAUGUCUUCGCUGUCGUCGCAUGAUCAAGUUGUGGUUCAAUCUGCAUUUGCUCACGGGUACCACAAACAACUAGCUAUGAUAUUGGGCUUCUGCGCUGCUGAAGUUUUGUCAAUUGGGCUUAUGUGGGAGAGGACGCCUCGCAGACUCUUGUGA